UGAUGUUCUGACAGUAAACCAGUAAACCCGCAAAGUGUAUUUCUAUCCUCAAGUUGUAUGUUUUUGUGUGAACUGUGAUGUACAAUGGCUUUGUGAAGCUCUCCACCUGGUGUGAUUGCUAGAGAGAUUGAUUACCAUAUAAGUCCAACCAAAAUUAAAAGGUUGUCCAAGUUUUAUUCUUUAGACUGAAAUGGGAAUACAUAGAAUUUGCAUGGUAAAUAAUCAUAAUAAUUGACAGAAUUUUCAUUAGUUAAUUAUUGAUUGAGCGGGUGAAGUGAUAGGGGAUGACACAUUGUCAGAUUGACACCUGUAACUGAAAUUUGAGGAUGUCAGAUGAAAAUGCGUGUGAUAUAAAGAAGCACGUGGAUGACUGAGGCGUGUGUGUAAAAUUGUAAAUGACCGACUGAUGGUGGAUGCGGGUUCGAGGCCUGUUGGAGUGACAUGAGGAUGUGGAGGAAGACUGUCCUUCCUCUUGGAACAAUUGUGUCAAGGCUGGGUACCAGAUCAGAAUCGGAAUAUGAAGAGUCCCGGAGGGAAGACUUCUGACAGAGUUGCAACACCUGACGUGCGAAAGGAGACCGGAAGAAGAGGAUCCAAAUCCUCUUCUUCAAACAAAAAGGGCAGGAGGAGGAAACUUGGAUGGAUCCGUUUGGCCAGAUCCAAACGUAAAAGUCACCACGACGUUUGGAUUAUGGAUGCCGUCAGGAACCUCUACUUUCUCUUUCAUGUGAACAGGGUGAGAAGCGAUGGUUGUGUAACAAGACUCCACGUACUUACGGCAAUUCUCCUGAUCGUCUUUUCCGUAAUGCUUUCAACAAAACAAGCAGUCGGCAAUCCAAUAGAUUGUAUUCACACAAGGGAUAUUCCCGCUGAGGCUUUUAACGCUUAUUGCUGGAUGCACAGCACGUAUUUCGUGACUGGUGCAAUGAUGGGCGUUUCUGGUAGGGAUGUUGCAUUUCCUGGUGUGGCACCAUCUUUUCAGUACAAAAACUACAAUCAUCGGCAACAACAAGACGACCGUCAACGUGGAGCAGAAGGAGUAACGAAACAUGUAAAAUAUUAUCAGUGGGUUCCAUUCGUUCUCGUCUUUCAGAAAAUCAGUAAUUUUUUGCGGUUCAAAAAAUCUACAACCUGCUCAUAAAAGGACAUGCAACUUCACUAUUUCUAAGCCAGGAAAUUUUUUUUCAA